UGGUAAAUAUAAAAGGCACGGUUGCAUAUUUUAAAGAAACGAUACAAUUUUGCAGGGAAACAGUCCAGAGAGAUCGAGAUUCGAGAGUCCGACAGACAUAGUUUAAUGAUCGAAUUGAAUCAUUAUUUUCCGCAAAAAAAUAAAAAGGAAUAAAAUCUAGAGAGGCAAUCAGGAAUCGUGAAUCGAUUUACAACAAAAGCUGACAAAAUUGAAUAAAGCUGAAAGUAGAGAAGUUGAAGGAGUUUUAUAGUUUUAGUAUUGAUGGGGAAGCCAUUGUUUUAUGAGAUAUUGGAAAAACCAGCAACAAGUUGUAUAAUAGGAAUAUGUAGUGGAAUAUGGUUUUACAUACAGAAGAAAAACAUUGGUUAUCAGCAUGUUGGUUUAAGUUACGAAACCGCGAUCGAAGGGCACCAUUGGAGGGUAAUUACUUCAUCUUUUUCACACAUAAGUGUUCUUCAUCUUGUUUUCAAUAUGAGUGCCCUUUGGAGUCUUGGUGUUAUUGAACAAUUAGAUCAUUUAGGUCUUGGAGUGGCUAAUUAUCUUCAUUACACACUUGUUUUGGUUGUUUUUUCGGGCUUGCUUGUGUUGGGAAUGUACCAUUUUCUAAUUCAGCGGUUUAAGAUAGAGUAUUUCCGGCGAGUAACUGCUGUCGGUUAUUCUUGUGUUGUUUUUGGAUGGAUGACGAUUUUGUCCGUGAAGCAACCUUCAUCAAAGUUAGAUCUCUUUGGAUUCCUUUCACUUCCUAUUAGUUUUGCACCCUUUGAGUCGUUGAUUUUCACUUCGAUCAUUGUUCCACAAGCAAGUUUUCUUGGACAUUUAUCUGGUAUUAUUGUGGGGUAUGCUAUAGCUUGGGGUUUGAUUCACGGGAUGACUAAUUAUUGGGCAGUUUCCAUGCUGGGAUGGAUUGCAGUUGUUUUCAUUUUCAGUUUGAAGCAUUCUGGUGCUUAUGAUUUGAGUUUUCUCGAGAUUGAGUCUGUUACAGAUCCUUCAUUGCCUUCUGUCCGGUUUAUCAGAAAUGGUAGAACCUUGCAGAUGAAUACAGUUCCAGUUGAAGGCAUUCAAAUUGUUUAGUUCCUUUGUGAAUAUGUUGGUUUUGCUUUGCUGGACAAGAAAGUAAAUUUGAUGAUGCUAUCACAGUCAAAUGUGGUAACUACCGGAGGGUAAAUUUUGGUGGUGAAUGAGUCGAAAUUGUAAAAUAGUUACCGUAAUGCUGGAUCGUGGCUGCUACUUGUGUCCUUGCUAUUUAACCAUUGGAUUUUACAGAUUCAUUGCUUUCCUCUGCUUUGAUAAUACAAAGUUUCCAGGUUUGCUUGUAAACUUGCAAAGAUUUACACAAAUUUCUUCACUGACGUAUUGCAAGUUAGUGAUCAUCAUUGCUUUCAUAUGCAUUCAAUGUAUAAGCUUUUAAAAAAUUUUAUGUUAUUUUUCAUUUUAUUUGAUUUAUGUCUUACACUUA